AUGGAAAACAGCAUCGAGACGACGUCAUGCUACGACAAAGUGGACGGCCUCGCUCGAUGGCUUGGCACCAGUGUGGCGGCCGCGUUCUUCGCAUCGUUAGAGCGGUGCGCGUGCGUCAAUAUCGAGACGAUUGGCGAGGAUGAUGACGAGGAUGAUGAGCGUCCCCUCAUGCUCACCAAUCUCGGAUCUGUUCACAUGUCUCCAAACGGCACCCAUAAUGAAGUGUCGAGGUCGCUUAGUCUGUUUGGGUCUAGUAAGGCCACUUUUUUGGGUGGGUUAGGCCUUUAG